GGACGGCAUCUGCGCACUCCUCUUUCUCUUUCUUCUUCUUCUCUCUUAUACACAUCACAUACCACCCAAAAGCUUGAAAAAAGAAACAGGGGAAAUGAUCAGCUCCUUCUUCCUCUUCAUUGCGAAAGCUGCUACUUCCUCUUCUUCCUCCCCACCACCACAAGCAAGAAAAAAACACUACUUCCUCUUGUUUUCUUCUCAACUGAAAGACACAGACAACCAAUAAAAUUUCCUAGCCCCUUCUUAUUGGAACUUGUUUCCUUCCUUCCCUCCUUUUUUGUCUUCUUACUCAAAACCUGCACAAAUAGAAGCCAAAGGAAGUUACAAAAUUCCCACACCAAACACCCUACCACUGCUGCCAAUUUCAGCAGCAAAAAAACCCUUGGAGACAACAAAGGGAGGUCAGAAUCGUCAUCAACCUACAAGUAGAAAGCAGGUUCCACAUUAGAGAAGGCCAGGAAUGGUACUGUACUUGAGGAUUCAGAUGCAAAGUCCGAGAAUGAGGCUGAGGUGGUGCAAGUUACUGGAGGCAAAAGAGACUGAUAGUCUUAAGCCUAUAGGCUACAUGGAGGCUAGCAGAUGUGGGUGGUUGGGUGUUGCUGGGUGUUCUCAGUUCUGAUUGUGGGUUUGGUGGUUUUCAACUUGCUGCUGUUGCUUGAAGAUUGAAGAACAUUGGAGCUUUUUU